ACAAAGGAUGGAAAGAUGAAAGGGCAGGUCUCUUCGUAAAGACCCCACGAUCACGCAUCCAUAUGAAAUGCAUGACACGUAUACAAAACGUCAUCGUUUUUGCGCAGCACCCAAAGCAACCGACCUACAAAUUUCCACUUCCCCUUUCACCUUCUUCUUCUCCUAUUUCACUCUUUCCAGUUUCCACCACACUUCCUCCAUUAAAACUCCCCUCUCUUUCUCUCAUCUUAAACACCCAAAGAGCAAGAGAGAGAAGAAAUCCACAAUGACCACAUCCUUCUCUACCGCGGCUCCUUUUCUUCUCGUCCUCCUUCUCUCCAUCUCAUCCACCGUCGUCUACGGCGCAUCUCACCACCACGCGGCGGCGCCGGCACCGUCUGUUGACUGCUCGACUCUCAUACUCAACAUGGCGGAUUGUUUGUCCUUUGUUUCAAGCGGAGGCACGGAGGCGAAGCCAUCACGUUUGUGUUGCGAUGGGCUUAAGACGGUGCUUAAGACUGACGCAGAGUGUAUCUGUGAGGCGUUUAAAAGCAGCGCUUCUCUCGGCGUUACUUUGAACCUCACUAAGGCUUCUACGCUCCCAGCCGCAUGCAAGCUUCAUGCCCCGUCUAUCGCUAAUUGUGGAGCGUCUGUUGCGCCUACUACUGCUCCAGGUCUUGCUCCAGGAGUAGCUGCUCCGGGACCCGACGCAGGCGGGAGCCUAGCUCCAAAUCAGUCUCCAGGGAACGAUGGAUCUUCCUUGAUCCCGAUCUCCUUCACAACCGUGUUCAGCGCCAUAUUCUUCACGUUGUUCUUGUCUCGUGUUUAAAAGACUGAACCUUUUCACCAGUUAGAGCUUGCUGUCUGGAAUUGGUUUAGGAUUUUUAAGAGUUAGCUUUGUGUGUCUUGGAGAUUUUGGUUUCUUUAUUAGUUUUACUCUUUUUAAUAUAUGUUAUUACUCUGUCGCACAUUGGUCCUUUUAUUUAAGGUUAUUCUCUGAUUCCUCUUAUUGUUUUCUACUAGUAUUUAAUAAAAUUUCUCCACGUCGUAAAUAAGAACAAAUAUUGAUCAUUAA